AUGGCAAUGUCUGCGGCAAGUAACCAAGAACGUGAGGUUGUUAAUGAACAAUCGCAAAACUCCUCGUUGAGUGCCACACCAAAGAUUCUUGACAAAAGUUUACCAUUAUCUGAGGAAAGAGCUUCUGAAAUUGGAUGGUACUUUAUAAAGUCAUAUUAUGAUUUUUUCGUGACAAAGUUGGAGGAUAUUCACAAAAUCUACCAUUCGAAUGCAUCCAUUAUUCAUGAUGCGUUUCCUGGGGAAGAGAAGAAGAAGAAGAAGGAGGAGGGUGAGGAAGAGGGUGAUGACGUAUCUCCAACAAGUUACAAAGCUACGGGCAUCUCAGCCAUUAAGCAGUGCUUUAGUGAACAUCUCAUUGGCGAUGAGCAAGAAAAAAAAGAUACUAAUAGAAUUGUGAUUACAAGUGCCUGUUUCCAAGUUUCUUUGGAGAAGAACUUUAUCAUUGUCACAUUUGGCGAGUGGUCGAAAAAUGAUUCUCCAUAUCAACAAUUUACCCAAACUUUUCUUUUGACUCCCGGUAAAAGAGAAAGCACUUAUGACGUUGCAAACGAUAUUUUGAGGUUUGUUCAAAGUAAUGGCUAUAAUGGUAAUCUGGUUGCAGAGAAGGUGGAAACCACAAAACAAAAGCAAUCCACUGAGGAACCUCCCGUGGAAACUGCUGCCACUGCCACUGCCACUACUGCUGCUACUACAGCUGAGCAGGAAACCAAACAGGUUAAUGGAAACAAAGUCGAUGAUAAUGGUGAUGAAGCUUCUGCUACUACUGCUGGUACUACAACUGAAGCUACUAAUGGGGAAUCUAAAAAGAAACAAGAGAAAUUAGCUACGGUUUUGAAUGGAUCAACCGAAUCUAAUGAGGAAUCAGUUAAACCAAAGGAAAAAACCAAAAAGGACACUCCUGAUGUGGAGGGGAAAGUGGAAGCCAAGUCAACAGAAGAAGAGAAAGAGAAAGAGAAAUCAGUCAAAGAGGAAGAAAAACGUACUGAAGAGCCAGCUAAACCAGCAGCUCCUCCGCAACCAAUGACAUGGGCAGAUUUGGCAAACCAAGCUGUUCCCGCUGUUACUGCUGCUACAAAGUCAACAAAGACUUUAGUAUCCUCACCAAGUGCUGCCACUUCCAAAUCAGCAUCAGCCGCCAAUUCUGCUGCUGGUGCUUCUUCUUCUUCUUCUUCCGCCUCCGCCUCCGCCUCCUCCUCUUCUUCGUCUUCUUCUAACUCCACUACUACCGCCACUACAGCUAAGAAAUUCCCAGCAACAGCGCCCUCAUCAACAUCUUCAUCUACAUCUUCAGGAGGAAAAUACAAGAAAGAUGAGUGGUAUCCAAUCUAUAUUCGUGGAAAUCGUAACAUUGAUGAAAAACAAUUGAAAGAUCACCUUGUCAAAAAAUUUGGAGAAUUGAAAUUUUUCAGAACAAUUCAAAAUAUAGCCUUGGUUGAUUUCGUGCUUAAAGAGGCACAAUUAAAAGCGCUUGACGCAAAAUCAACUACGGUCGAUGGGUUUACUAUAACUUUAGAGCCUAGAGAAUCCAAGACUGGUAAUAGCUUUCACAAUAAUUCAAAUGGGGGUAAUAAGAAAUACAAAGACGGUAAAGAUGGAUUCAAAGAUGGCAAAGAUGUAUUCAAAGAUGGUAGAAAAGUAGGUGGGUCUAAUGGAGGUGGUAAACCCAAUGAUGGUAGAAAGCUUGGUACAAAUCCAGGUGCCAACAAACAACAACAGCAACAGCAACAACAGCAACAGCAACAGCAACAACAGCAAAAGCCCGGUAAAUCAACAGCAAAAUAG